CUCAACACCCUCAUAGGUGUCCCUGACAGCGCCUGUGCAGAAUAAACUCUGCUGACGUGUAGGACCCGCUCCGGUGAAUCCACUGCUCCGGUGAUUAGGCCGAAUAUCUGGGACUGAAGGACCUGAUCUGUGAAGAUGAGUGUGGAGGUGGAGAGAAAGUUUUUAUGCAGCGAGGACACAGUGAGAACCCUGGAGGAGAUUGGAGGUAUGUGUUUCACCUGACCACACCUUUACUGACAGCUGUGUGUGUUGGUCAGCGUCAAAUCCAGGACCGGUACUUUGACACCCCUCGGUUCGACCUGACUCUGAGAGACAUGUGGCUGCGUAACCGUGGAGGAUGCUGGGAGCUCAAGUGUCCGACAGUAGCCAGCGGAUCAGAGGAGGCCGGCAGCAAGAAGAGUGAAAUGGCAGCACUGUGUACUCACUACAGGGAGAUCACCAGCCUGCCUGAAAUCCAGCUGAAGGUGACAGAGGUCCUGGGACUCUCAGAGACCAGGUCCUGGCACCAGGACCAGUCCUGGCUGAGCAACAUGAACCUAGUCUGCUUUGCAGAGUUUAAAACAGAACGGCGGUCGUUCACCUUAGAGGAGGGGGGGGUGCAGGUCGACCUGGACCAGACAGACUUUGGCUACCAUGUUGGGGAGAUCGAGGUGGUGGUGGCAGAGGGAGGAGACAUCCAGGCUGCUCUGGAGAAGAUCCAGAGGACAGCUCAGAGGCUGGGUCUGACUGCAGAUCAGAAAGUUGAAGGAAAAAUGCAUGUUUACCUUCAGAGAAAUCAUCCUGAGCACUACGCCAGACUACUGAGUGAACACAUCUUAUAACAGACCAGUCUUCAACAUCUGUAUCCGUAAACUGGGAUUUUAUUUAUUACAACCAGAGACCAGUCUUCACCCUGUUGAGUCUGUAAACGUGGGUAUUAUUUAUUCAAACUGUAGAGACAUUGUCAGUGGACCUGAACCUCUUCAGACAGAAGCAUCAAACCAUCCUCUCUACCUGAACUCUCCUGCGUCUGGUCAUAACACUGAAAAUAAAUACUGUACUGAUGAUGAUGAUACAGCAGCAGAUGAAGAGCUGUGUCUCCUCUCAGACUGAACUCAGGGUGUACCCCACCUCUUGCCCAAUGUCAGCUGGGAUUGGCUCCACCCCCCACCCCCCCUUGACCCUCACAGAUGAACAGUAUAGAUAAUGGAUGGAUAGAUGGAUGGAUGUUCAUCUGCUCUUACUCUCCUUUAUUAAAAGAACAGACGUGUCAAACCUCAGUAAUCUGUCAGUGAGAGUUGUGGCAUUGAGUUAAAGCCACAAGACUCUCUUUCAUAUCAGUGACCUGAUAGCAUGAAUGGUUAGGGUGUGUACCACAUGGGCCUCAGUGUCCUGAGCAGCUGGUCCCUGGUUUGACUCCCGAACCGGUCGGACAUUUACUGCAUGUCAUUCCCGUACUCUCUCUCCCCGAUUCCUGUCUUCUCUUCACUGUCCUGUCAAUAAAGGCAUAAAAGCCCCAAAAUAAUA